CCAGCAGCCUUGGCUGAGGCACCUGAGCCAUUUUUACUGUGGACCAACCAAAGGUCGUUCUCUUCUGAGCUCGCCUCCUGCAUCCAUCGAGCUCUAGCCUAAUUCCUCUCCUCUCUCCUCCCUGUCUACUCCCCUACCCUACCAACCCAUGUCUGGCUUGCUGGCAGACAGACUGACGCGCUACUGUGUACCAGGCCCUGUUAGAAACCAUUCACCCAUAGCCCUGACUGGGGUGGUCUAGCUGUGUCUCUUUCUAUUGCUCGGGGCGGAUACUCCCUGCAUGGAUACACCGAGGGAGGCUGUUAGCUGAUAUCGACGGGAGGAAAACAUAUCAAGGAGGAACCCACUGCUGUCGUCGAAUUCGAGGUGGUUAGGUGUUAGGCAUCUACCUGGUGACAAGCCCCUCCUGACUGAGCCCCUCUAUAGUCGCGGCCGCAUCCCCCCACUGACAGGCAUCAUGGCGGGGGCUUCAGUGAAGGUGGCCGUCCGGGUCCGUCCCUUCAACUCUCGAGAGAUCGGGAAGGACAGCAAGUGCAUCAUCCAGAUGUCAGGGAACACCACAACAAUCAUAAACCCCAAACAGCCGAAGGAGAACAAGAGCUAUAACUUCGACUACUCUUACUGGUCACACACAACACCGGAGGACAUCAACUAUCAUUCCCAGAAGCAGGUGUACAAGGACAUUGGGGAGGAGAUGUUGCUGCAUGCCUUUGAGGGAUACAAUGUUUGUAUCUUUGCAUAUGGCCAGACUGGAUCUGGGAAGAGCUACACCAUGAUGGGCAAGCAGGACCAGAAGGAUCAGCAAGGCAUCAUCCCUCUGCUGUGUGAGGACCUUUUCACCAAGAUAAGUGACAGCAAUAAGGAAAACAGCUUGUCCUACUCCGUGGAGGUGAGCUACAUGGAGAUCUACUGUGAGCGCGUGCGGGACCUGCUGAACCCGAAGAACAAGGGGAACCUGCGUGUGAGAGAGCACCCCUUGAUGGGGCCCUACGUGGAGGACCUGUCCAAGCUGGCCGUUACCUCCUACAAUGACAUCCAGGACCUCAUGGAGUCUGGCAACAAGGCCAGGACGGUGGCAGCCACCAACAUGAACGAGACCAGCAGCCGCUCUCAUGCUGUCUUCAACAUUAUCUUCACGCAGAAGAAACACGACAUGGAUUCAGAAAACACAUCUGAGAAGGUGAGCAAGAUCAGCCUGGUGGAUCUGGCUGGGAGUGAGAGAGCAGACUCUACAGGAGCCAAAGGAACCAGGCUGAAGGAAGGAGCAAAUAUCAAUAAAUCUUUGACCACACUGGGUAAAGUCAUCUCUGCAUUAGCUGAAGUGGACUCAGCACCAAAUAAGAACAAGAAGAAGAAGAAGGUGGAGAGCCACAUCCCCUAUAGAGACUCAGUGCUGACCUGGCUUCUUAGAGAGAACCUGGGAGGUAACUCUCGCACCGCCAUGGUGGCAGCCCUCAGCCCUGCUGACAUCAACUAUGACGAGACCCUGAGCACUCUCAGGUAUGCUGACCGCGCCAAACAGAUCCGCUGUAACGCCGUCAUCAACGAGGACCCCAACAACCGUCUGGUGCGUGAGCUGAAGGAGGAGGUGUGCCGACUCAAGGACCUCCUCUACGCACAGGGCCUGGGAGAUAUCAUAGAUACGUAUCGAUGUCCCGAUCCUGUGAUAGCUGGUUUGAAAAACUUGUGCGAUUACAAGAACUUUGUCAAUAAUCGCCAGGCUGCCAAUCAAACGGGUGAUCUAUCCACAGUGACCAAUGCCAUGACUGGGAUGAGCCCUUCCCCCUCUCUCUCCGCCCUGUCCAGCCGUGCAGGCUCCAUGGCAAACCUGCAUGACCGCAUCUUCAGCCCUGCCUCUGAGGAGGCCAUAGAGAGACUCAAGGAAACAGAGAAAAUCAUUGCUGAGCUCAAUGAGACAUGGGAGGAGAAACUGCGCCGUACUGAAGAUAUCCGGAUGCAGAGGGAGGCCCUACUGGCUGAGAUGGGUGUGGCCAUGAGAGAAGAUGGAGGCACCGUGGGCGUGUUCUCCCCCAAGAAGACCCCUCACCUGGUGAACCUGAAUGAGGACCCACUGAUGUCUGAGUGCUUACUCUACUACAUCAAAGAUGGGACCACCAAGGUUGGACGUGACGACGCCAGAAGUCGCCAGGACAUCGUGCUCAGUGGCCAUUUUAUCCAAGACGAGCACUGCACCUUCAGUAGCACCGCAGGCUCCGGCGGAGAAGAUGAUGAUGACACAGGGAACGUCAUCCUGGAGCCCUGCGAGGGGGCGGAGAUCUACGUCAACGGGAAACUGGUGACCACACCUACUCUGCUUCGUUCAGGAAAUCGCAUUAUCAUGGGGAAGAGCCAUGUGUUCCGCUUCAAUGACCCGGAGCAGGCACGGCAGGAGCGGGAGAGGACCCCCUGCGCCGAGACCCCCGUGGAGCCCGUGGACUGGGCCUUCGCCCAGAGAGAGCUGCUGGAGAAACAGGGCAUCGACAUGAAGCAGGAGAUGGAGUCAAGGCUUCAAGAGUUAGAAGAUCAAUACCGCCGAGAACGAGAGGAGGCCAGUAACCUUCUGGAACAACAGAGACUGGACUAUGAGAGUAAACUGGAAGCCCUGCAGAAACAGGUGGACAGAAACUCCCGUUACCUGGAGUCCCCAGACGAAGAAGAGGAGCCUGAGGAGGAAGUCUUUCCCAUAGUUCCGUGGACAAAGCGUGAGAUGGAGCUUGCAUCCUGGGCGUUCCGUAAGUGGCGUUUCUACCAGUUCACCUCCCUCAGGGACCUGCUGUGGGGCAAUGCCAUCUUCCUCAAGGAAGCCAACGCCAUCAGUGUGGAGCUCAAGAAGAAGGUCCAGUUCCAGUUUGUGCUGCUGACAGACACACUGUACUCCCCGUUGCCCCCGGACCUGCUGCCCCCCAGCGUGGCCAUGGAGCGGGAGAAACGGCCCUUCCCCAGCACCAUCGUAGCUGUGGAGGUCCAGGACCAGAAGAACGGGGCCACACACUACUGGACCCUGGACAAACUCAGGCAUAGGCUGGACCUGAUGAGGGAGAUGUACGACCGUGCGGCGGAGGUGCCCAGCAGCACUGUGGAGGACUGUGACCAGGCUCUGACUGGGGGAGACCCCUUCUAUGACCGCUUCCCAUGGUUCCGUUUGGUGGGCAGGGCCUUUGUGUACCUGAGUAACCUGCUGUACCCCGUGCCGCUUGUGCACCGCGUGGCCAUCGUCAGUGAGAAGGGAGAGGUGAAGGGCUUCCUCAGGGUGGCAGUGCAGGCCAUCUCAGCUGAUGAAGAAGCCCCUGACUAUGGUUCUGGCGUAAGGCAGUCAGGAACCGCCAAGAUAUCCUUUGAGGACCAACAGUUUGAGAAGUUCCAGACAGAGUCGUGUUCCGGCGGCAUGUCCCAUUCUAACACCUCUCACGAAGAGCUACGCUUCGUGGAAGGGGAGGGACAGAACUCUGAUGUAGGAGCUGACCCUGACGAGGUCAACAACAACACCUGUGCAGACUUGUCCCCCGUCACAGCCACACCAGAGGUCCCCAGGAGCCCACUGAAGGGUGGUCUGGGUCUGGAGCUUCCCCUGGAGAAGGCCUUGUCCCACCUUCACAUAGGCUCCACCUUCACCUUCAGGGUCACAGUGCUGCAGGCCUCCAGCAUUUCCGCUGAAUAUGCUGACAUCUUCUGCCAGUUCAAAAACGACUCCAUCCUCUCUUGGUUUAAACAAACAAAAUUCUCAUGCUUCAUCCACCGACAUGAUGAGGCUUUCUCCACUGAGCCACUCAAGAACACUGGCAGAGGACCUCCGCUGGGAUUCUACCAUGUACAGAAUAUCACGGUAGAGGUUACCAAGUCGUUUGUGGAGUACAUCAAGACCCAGCCCAUCGUCUUUGAGGUGUUUGGCCACUACCAGAAACAUCCAUUCCCACCCCUCUGCAAAGACCUCAUCAGUUCACACUUCUAUUUCAGUCCCCUUCGACCUUCUAGGAGGCAGUUCCCAAGGGUCAUGCCCUUGUCUAAACCAGUACCAGCCACCAAGCUGAAUACCCUGACCCGUUCCACGGCCGGCCCAUGCCACUCCAAAUAUGACCUCAUGGCCUUCUUCGAGAUCUGUGAGCUGGAGGCCAAUGGAGACUACAUCCCUUCAGUGGUGGACCACAGAGGGGGCAUGCCCUGCCACGGAACCUUCCUGCUUCAUCAGGGCAUCCAGCGGAGGAUCACAGUCACCGUAGCGCACGAGACAGGAAAUGACGUGGAGUGGAAGGAGGUCAAGGAGCUGGUGGUGGGGCGGAUCCGGAAUACUCCAGAGGCUGAUGAGACCAUCAUCGACCCCAACAUCCUGUCUCUCAACAUUCUAUCUGCGGGCUACAUCUGGCCCUCAUAUAAUGACAAUAUGUCCCUGGGAGUUGACCAUAGGACGUUUUACCGAUUUGAGGCGGCGUGGGAUAGCUCCAUGCACAACUCCCUCCUCCUGAACCGUGUCACUCCCUAUGGAGAAAAGAUCUACAUCACUCUCUCCGCUUACCUAGAGAUGGAGAACUGCACCCAACCAACAGUGAUCACCAAAGACUUCUGUAUGGUGUUCUACUCCCGUGACGCCAAGCUCCCCGCCUCACGCUCCAUCAGGAACCUCUUCAGCACCGGCUGUCUCAGGCCCUCAGAGAGUAAUCGUGUCACUGGAGUGUAUGAAGUCAGUCUCUGCCAUGUCGCUGAUGCCGGAAGUCCCGGCAUGCAGCGGCGGCGCAGGCGCGUCUUGGACACCUCGGUGGCAUACGUCCGUGGGGAAGAGAACCUGGCUGGGUGGAGGCCCCGUAGCGACAGCCUCAUCCUGGACCACCAAUGGGAGCUGGAGAAACUCAGCCUUCUGCAGGAGGUGGAGAAGACCAGGCACUACCUGCUGCUACGGGAGAAACUGGAGGCCACCCUGGCAGUGGGGCAGGACGCUCUCUGCAAGAGUGGUGACCUUAGCGACUUUGCCAAGAGCCCCAUCCUCAGCCACUGCCCCGGGGGUAGCCCCGCCCUGGAGAGCCCCAGCCAGAGGCAGAGGGAGCUGGCUGCCAAGUGUCUGCGGCUGCUCAUGCACACGUUCAACAGGGAGUACAGCCAGGUGAGCAGCAGUGCCAGUGAGAGCAAGCUGUCUGAGAUGUCAGCGUCGCUGAUGUCUCCAUCCUCUUCUAGUCUGAGCACGCUAACUCCGUCCUCUACUUGCCCCUCAUUGGUGGAGGGACAUUAUGACAUCAGACACACUGAGCCCAACUCUGGCGCUUCCAGCCCAGACCUGGACCCCUUCAGUCCUGUGGACAAGAAGAGGACCCUGGGUAGAGUCUGCACCUUCGUCCCUGACAUCCAGGAGAUCCGCGUCAGCCCCAUCGUGUCUAAGAAAGGCUACCUACACUUCCUGGAGCCCCACACCAGUGGCUGGGUGAAGCGCUAUGUAGUGGUGCGCCGGCCCUACGUCUACCUGUACCGCAACGAGAGGGACAGCGUGGAGCGUUCCGUCAUCAACCUUUCCUCCGCCCAGGUGGAAUACAGCGAGGACAAGCAGACUCUGCUCCGGACUCCAAACACAUUUGCAGUGUGCACCGAGCAUCGUGGUAUACUCCUCCAGGCCAGUAAUGACAAGGAGAUGCACGACUGGCUGUAUGCUUUUAACCCCCUGCUCGCCGGAACCAUCAGGUCUAAGCUCUCCAGAAGAAAGUCAGGCCAGAGGAUGUGAGAAACAGGAACACCCGCUGUGUGUGGGGGGGGGGGGACAUCUGAAAUCUCCACGGACCCUCUGCUGUAUAUACCUUAUCUAAACAGCUCUCUCCUGCGCUGCUCUCCGUCCUAACAGUGCUCCAUCCUGUCGCUGAUACGUCCUCAAAUAGCACUUAAAACCAUCCCAGCCGAUCUCCUCUUUGACGCCUCUUCCUGGUUACCUGGAUCAUGCAUGGUAUAAACUACCCAUUAAAGACCAUUAAAACCCGUAUACUGUAAGACUAACUAACAACACAACCCUGAGUAGUGGGGCUUAGCUCCGCUGGCUGUGAUGCUCCUUAUUGUCAUGUGUAUGUAGACCUUACCUUCCAGGCUUACAGCCCCUAUAGGGUUUAGCCAAACAAAGGAAGAAUAUAACGCUUAUGUCUUAGUCCGAGUUGUUAUCAGUUCCAAUAUCAUGCAACUUACUACCACCCACUAUUUGUAUAUGAUGCCCCAUAUCCAAACCUCUCAUGUAUUUCUUAUAAACACUGUAGUCUAAUAAGAAAAAGAAUAAUGGGAAAAUGGUAUAUUCCCUUUUCUAGUCCUCUCAUAAGAUAUCUCUGUUUCUGUGUGUGUGUGUUUAGUGCGGGGAAGAUAGCAGUACCUAUCAAUGCUCUUUCUCAUGCUAACAGCGUAUCCAUAUUACCUCAUGUUGAAAAUCGCUGGGCUGCAGGCGCAUACUGUAACUCGUUGUCAUUGCAUCUGUUUUGUAUCCAAGGUUUUGGACGAUAUACAGUGUGAUAGAUGGGAUGCUGUGAAGGUACAUUGGACAGUGUAGGGUGAAAAGUGACAUAAUAGGACAAUGUUUUGGACAGAAUACAGUGGGAUAGAAUUGUAAUAGUUGGAUAAUAUGAUGGAUAGAAUGUGAUAGGACAAUAGGAUGACUCUUUGGCCUCCAUGUUUGGAUAAUGGUGAGUUCGCUGUGCUGACAUUUCAUAGUAACACAUUUGCUACAGUAAAGUAUAAAGUAUGUCAUUUUGCUGGCUGCCUGACAGGGGAGAGCAGUUGUGUCCUUGAUUUAUUUUCACCUUAUGUGGUUUUCCAUAUGAUUUGUGUAUGUACAUCAUUUGUUCAUUUUUUUUAUUUGUAUGGGAUCACUGACCAGUUUUGUCGCGUCGCACUUUAUUGUUGCAUUAUGUACACUUUAUUUCACUCAGUUGCUUUAAACCAAAGCAUUCCAAUCUCAAUUUUAAAUAGUAAAGAUAUUCUCUGUUGUGUAGACUUGACAAAAUGGCUCCCAGGUUUUAGAGAUAUUAAUGUAAUCUUCAAAACAUCAAAACCUACUAUUCCUCUCCUCUAUUUUGACCCUGAAUGUCUGUUUAUAAGUGAAUUAUACCAUGUAGAUACACUAAGAAUGGUUCCAAUCGAGCAAGUUGACGUUUAUUCCGUUCUAUGGUGGUGGGUUACAGUAAUGUUGAAUAAUUCCAGUUUUUCAUCAAUCCCACACUUUCACAUCGUUGACGUCCACCACGUUCGCUCAGUACUACAUGUAUCAAAGCAAACAUUUAUUUACUGGGAUGCUAUGAACCUUCUAUUGACGCUAUGUGUCCAUGUGAAUCUAUCCGUUUGGAUUAAAUAGCCCUAAUACAGUAUAUAGCCUACGUCAGCUCCUUGUUGUAAAGUAGCGUAUUAACAUCCUUUGCUCUGCUUUUGUAUAGCUUGUUUUACAGCCUGGCGUUUGUAUCCGAAACCUAUACAGAACCUGUCUCACAUCCAGUGACUUGGGAAGCUGUUUAUUGUUUAUGUGACCAUACUGCUACAUCCAGAUGACAUGCAAACUGCUCACUGGAACAAAACGAGUCCUAAGUCAAUCAAGGGGGCGCUGCGGACUGAAGUAAACGCAAAGGGACUCUUUCAGCGCUACGUUGUUCUAGCAGCCCAUAAAAGAUGGGCAAUUUCAAACUGAAGUUGCCGGUUGUCUCCUAGUCUAGCUGUGCUAUGCUCUUGCGUGACCAUGCUUUAUUGAAAAUCAAGUGCUAGUCUUGCGUUUACGGUAACGUCGUGUGUUAGUGCAGCAGACCAGGGCCGUGGCCAGACAGCCAAUUGGAUCAUGUCUUACUGUUGUUCCUUGUUCUUACUGCGAGGGUCGUGGUUCGGGUCAAACACAAUUCUCCCGUGUAGCAGAUCGUGCAUGCUUUAGGCCAGCCAACCUACAGAGCAUGCUGAGAUAGCCACGGCAAGGUAAAACAUGCAAGACAUGGCAUGCUCACACGCUGUCCCAUAACUACGCGUUUAUAGCCUCCAAUUAUAAACAUAUCCUUCCCAAUAAGGAAUAUAAUUGCUGUUAUAUACUGGCGGUUCUUUCUGUUUUCUGAUUCUAGAACGCUGACACCAAAAACACAACCUAUCGCUAGGUAAAUACCAUUAACUAAGGAAUCUGGGAUUCAUAUGGUGGGUCAGGUUGGGGUCAUCUUGGUGUAUGCAUUUUAAGCUUUGUUGUACACUGGUAUGCCACUUUAAUUUGUCUGCUCGAACAAUGGAAGAAAAUAAAGCUCUAUUUAUGAAUUAUUGUUGCUAUUUGGAGGUGGAGUAUGUCAGCGGGGAAUGUUUGAGCUAUUGAAUUGUCAUCCAAGUCUAAUUUAUUGUAUUUAUCACAUCUCAUAAUUGAAUGAAUAAUGUGUGAGUAAGAUUGGUUGGGGGGUAGGAUAUCCUUCAACAGAAGGAGAUGUUGUUUUUUCAACUGUACUAUUGUCGCUUUAGCGUGUAGCACCUUAAAUGCAUCUACUGUAAAGGGGACUCUUAACUCUACUUGUUAAUGCUAGGAUAGCUGACUUUCUGUCCUCAAAGAAGAAUUCCCUGCAAGUUAAAACAAUGCAUUUGAAGUUCAGUGAUCUGGCUAUAGACGAAUAUGGAUUGGCUCUUUCACUGAUUUGACUGCUUUUUUAACAUGACAUUUCCUGGAUCCAAGCAUGUAGAUGUGUCUCUUCCUCACCCUGGUCUCUCUCUUUCCCUUACUGCUUGCUAUUGAUGUCCUAUCCCCCUCAGUGCAGCCCUGUAGAGAAACGCCCACCUCCAUGACUCGGUAUUGACUCUUCUUGACAUUUGAUUGGCACCUUUCUUGUAAAUAAUUAACCUGAUAGGAUCCACCACAGCCAAUUGCACAGAUGUAACCCCUGUUCCUUUAUACCAUAAUAACUGGCCUGUGACAUCAUCUCAGUGCUCACGUUAUCUUUGAGUGUUGGAGUUCUAGUGUCUUCUAAUGUUUGUGGACACGUAACCAGUUGUCGAAAUAAAGUGAAAUAAAUGUCACAUUUAUGCAACACUU